AUUAAUUUUGAAAAAAAUUGAAACAUAAUGUUUUUAAUAAUUUUUUGGGGACUUUUCACCGCCACAAGGUACACACUGGACAGGACAGGCCUGUGGUUAACAGCGCCCCCAAGCGGCCAUGUGCAGUACAGCGUGUGGAAACGACUAAACAAAUCAAGCACCUGUGCGAUUCGAUUCAGUUUAUUUACUUUGUUCUCGUCCACAUUUCAUCCACAGUGAUAAGACCUAAGGAGUUAAGUCAGACAAUGACUGGUAAAGGAUCACAGAUGACACUCAGGGGGACAGACGUUAAAGGAACUAAACUGAAAAUGCCAGAGGCUGAACAUGCAGGUGGGUUUUGUGAUGAUUCUCCAGCAAAGAGGAUGAAGGUGUCUCGUACUAAAUUAGCCCCUGUGGAUGGGACUGAGGGGUUUGAAAAAGCAUGGUCAGGUGCUGUCAGAGAAAUCAAUUGCCUGUUCACAAAAUACCCAGAAAUGCUGCGAGAGAGAGCUGCGGUGGAUGCAUCACAGAUUCAGGAGCUGACGAAUAUUCUGACUGAGGCUUUGAGCUUGGAAUCACAACUUAAGGAGAAGAAGGAUCACCUGAGACAGUCUUUGGCUGUUAUUUCAGACAAACUGCAGGGAUAGCCAACUGACAAAUAUGUUAAAUGAAGGUAUUGGAGCUAUAUUUGAAUUCAAGUUUGAUUUAACUUUGUGGAAGCUAAUUUGUUGUUGUUGUAGUGAAUUGUUGUGAUUCUUCUAUUAUAAUAUUUGUGUUAUGCUCCCUGUGUUAAUGUUAAAAGGAUGACUAUACAGUAUAUACACCUUUUAUUUAACAUGCUACAACAGGUUGUAAUAGCAGCAGUUGAGUUGAUUGUUAUAACAGAUUUGCAGAAUGCUUGAUGCGAGUCCUAUGACGAUAACAGACAUAUGACAUUCUCUUUCUUUGCUCAAAUACAAAGAGUACUGUUCUUGAAGUUCAAGUUUUGUAAAUCUCUGUGGGUGUAAUACAGGAUGUUGUCCAAGCAACCUAGAAAUGUACUUUUCUUUGUAAACCUUUAUUUCUCAGCAGCAGCUGUAUUCUAACCUUUAUUUUCUCUCUCUGCACUUGACAAUUUCAACAACUUAUUAGGGGUUAUAACCACUGACAGAACAUCAUCGUCCUCCACAUCCAUAAUUAAAAGGCCUAGAGGU